AUGGGCGAAAUUGAAGAGGUUAGGGAGACUCAGAGGCCGAGGGAUGGGUCCACGAGCUCUCCUUCUUCCAGCGACAAGACUGACAUUCCUGCUGGACCUGGCAUGCACGUUGCUCAACCAGAGAAGAAGACGUUCUGGCAACGUGUUAAGGAGCCUGGUUCGGUAUGGCAAAUCAUCUUUGCAGCGCUGCUGGCCAUCGCUAUUGGCCUCAUCGUCACCACGCAAGUUGAAAACAUCCAUCCGGCUGCCAUCGCCAUCACUGCUAUUCCAGGAACACUAUGGCUUCGCGCGCUCAGAGCUGUCGUCCUCCCAAUGAUUGUGACGGCCAUGAUCAUGGCCAUUCAACGCCUCCGCGCCAUGACCCAAGGCGGCGGCAAAGCCGGGAAACUCGCUCGCUGGACCAUUGGCUACUAUGUCAUCACCACCAUCAUUGCUGUCGCGCAUUCUUGCAUCCUGGUUGGCCUCGUCUGGUCCAAGCUCAUGCAGACAGUCAGCGGCGACCAACUCGAAGUUGCCGAGGACGACCAAGAAACCAUUGAUGAACGAAAAGACGUGGCCAUCCACGCUGUCGUCGUGGACAUGUUCAACUCGCUCGUUCCACAGAACAUCGUCGAUGCCUUGGCGACAGACAGCUUGCUCGCUGUCCUCGUCACAGCCGUUGUCAUCGGUUAUGUCAUCAAGCCCGGCGGUGCACUCAUGCGCGCCGUCGAGGAAGUCGAGGUGAUGAUUAUGCGCAUCAUCACCGUGUUGAUCUACCUCGCGCCCAUCGGUGUCUUCUUCCUCAUCAUGCCCAACCUCUUCCGUCUUGACAUUGCAGAGAUUGGACUGAAUCUGGGCGUCCUGAUCGGCGGAACGCUCGUUGGCAUGGUGUUGCACCUGUUCAUCAUCAUACCUAUCAUUUUCUUCUGUAUCACCCGACGGAACCCGUACACGCUUUGGAUGAGGUGCUCGCCAGCGUGGAUUACUGCUUGGGGAACUGCGUCGUCGGCGGCUACGCUGCCCGUCACUAUUCGGUGUGUUUUAGAACAAGGAGUACCGGUUACAGUAACUAAGUUUGCUGUUCCCUUGGGCUGCCUUAUCAACAUGGAUGGGACGGCCAUCUACUUCCCCAUCGUCGUCGUCUUCCUUGCAGCUACACAAGGCAUCACACUCAAUGCAGCCGACUACAUUGUCGUUGUCCUGCUGUCCACACUUGCUUCGAUCGGCACGACGCCCAUCCCCAGCUCCAGUCUUGUUCUCACAGUCAUGAUUGCCAGCAGUGUCGGCAUCCCGAUUACGGGUAUGUAUGCUGUUGUUGUGGCUAUCGAUUGGUUCCUCGACCGCUUCAGGACGGCGGUGAAUGUCAGUUGCGACACUUUUGCAGCGGUUAUUGUAACGAAGAUCACGGGGAUUAGAGAUGAGGAGGGUGAGGCGGAGGCUUAUACUGAGGAGCUUAACAACGGCCCGCAGCUGAGGGACGAUGUCAAGGUGUAGAGGCUUACGAUCACAUGUUUUACAUUUAGUAAGCGACCGGUAUUCAAAACGUGACAUUUUACUCUUG